AUGGCGUGGCCCUGCAUCAGCCGCGUGUGCUGCCUGGCCCGCUUCUGGAGCCAGCUGGACAAGUCCGACCUCUCGGUGCCGCUCACCAUCCACAGCUACUCCGACAUCGAGGAGCCCGAGGAGGGGGCGAGCCCGGCGCGGGGCGGCCCCCGGCUGGGCGCGGCGGCGGACGGCCGCUCCCGGGCAGGCGGCGGACAGCUGUCGUCCGGGCCCCCGCCCUCGCAGGACAGCCUGGCCAUCAAGCGGUCGUGGAAGCGGGGGAGCCACAAGCGGGGCCCGGCGGCGCCCCCCGACAGCCAGCCCUUCGCCGCCGAGACCCAAUACCGGCAGGACUUCCGCGCCUGGCCCCUGCAGAAGCGAGACGCCUACCUCUGGGCCGGCGAGGGCAGGAGAGACGGGUCCCCCGCCCCGCCCAGGUCCGUGUACGUCCUGCCCGCCGGGGACAGCGACCAGCGGCCAGAGGCCAGCAGCAGGCUGAGCUGCUCCCCGCCCGGCGCUGCCAACACCACCUCCUACAGGCAGGAGUAUCGUCCAUGGACUGGAGCCAAGCCGUCAAAGCCCAUAAAGACAAAGCAAGGCUUCAUUAUUCCAGAAGAUCAUUUUGUGCAAGAGACUAGCUACAGGGCAGAUUUUAAGAUUCCAGAAGCGAAGACCAAGUUUUCCCCCAACCCUUCUGCGGUUUUCCAGGCUCCUUCCCGUAUCCUCAACGUGUGA